UUAUGGCAAGUGCUGUGACUUUCCUCCCGAGGCGCCUUGGGAUUUGCAUGCAUGCGAUCCACCUGCCGCCGUAGCUGAACUCUCCCGCUGAACCCACGCGAUCCACCUCGUCCUGCUGCCAUGUGGUGCUGUGCCGACGCCAGUGGAACAGUGGCCGAGGAAGUUCAAGCCGUGACCGCCUUGCCCGAGGCCACGCCGGUGGUGCAGCCAGAGGCUCUUAAGCCAGCUGUGAAAGCGGAGGUCUCGGUGAAAGAGGCGAAGGUCAAGGAGGAGCCAGCGCCAGAAUUUGGGCCUUUCAGCGUGCAGAUCCCCAUGAAGGGCUUCAGUAGCCUGGGUCUUCUUCUGGAUUUUACCAGUGAUGUGAGGCCGAUGGUGAAGACGGUGGAAGUGGGCGCGGUGGAGAAGUUCAACAAGCUGAAUCCCAGCCGAAGCAUUCAGCCGUAUGACGUAAUCGUCGCUCUUGAUGAAGCAGCCAACUCCAGCGAGAUCUUUCAGAAGAUGGAGGGCACGCUCUCACACACGGUGAACCUGAAGUUGGUGCGGCCCAAGAAACAACAGGUGCCAAUUUCAAAGACAGAGGGCUUGGGCUUGAAGUUGGAGUACAAGAGCACAUCCCUAGGCGCCGUGAUCAAUGUGGUUUCCAGCUCGGGGCCUGCGGCCAAGUGGAACAGCGAGCAUCCCAACGAGGCGCUUUGCGCGGGGGAUCGGAUCCUGGCGGUGAAUGGUCGGGAGAUGGUGGGCCCUGAAAUGCUGGAGCAGAUCAAGGCCACGAACGAGCUGAUGCUCACGGUGCUCAAGUACUGAUUCAUGCGAUUCGCUCCUCCUGGGCGUCACGUCCGUGUGGCGAAGCGUGUGUGGCGCGCUCGACCGCCGACCGUUGUGGCGCGUUCAGUCGUUGAUGGCAAGGUUGAAACAUAUCCGGUGGCCCCUAGCGGGUGAGAAUAUUGGUGCCGCUCAUAAACAUGUGACCAGCUUAUAAGCUGAAAGAGUUGAUUCAGGCGCUGGAACCGUGAUGCUGCUAAAGAAUUCCAAUCGUUUGUGGCAUCUCUUCAGCCUUGGGGGAAUGUAUGAAGGCCUGCCCAUCGUGUGGGCGUCAAGAACUGUGUCCUUUUGGACGGGUAAUCCUUUCUGGAUGGUCU